UGGGCCGAAAGAUGCUAAGUCUGUGUCAAAGAGAAAAGGAUUGUUUUGUUCGAGUGAGAAAAAGAGAGUUAGAGAAAUUAACCACUGAAGUCAUGCAGCUGAAGGAGUUCCUGCCCAAAGUUCUCAACAGGAACCUGGUGGAAACGCUGCACAAAGCUCAAGCAUCACAGACAAUGUUUACAGAGAAAGAACAUCUGGUGCAAGAAAAAGAGAAACUGCAACAGGAGUGUCGUCACCUUCAGUCUCGACUGGAAGCAGCUCAGAGCGAAUGUCAAAAAGAGAGAGAGGAGAAGCUGUUGUUGCGUCAUCAGCUGUGGCAGAGCGGGGCAGAGCUGCAGCAGCAGGCGUCCUUCUGCUCUGGUCUGGGAUCAGCGGCCUGUGGUCUGUUAUGGAGCUGCUCGGCCAAUGAGGACGCGGUCGUACGCUGGAUGGCCGAGGGGAAGCUUCGGUCCUUUGUUGCCGUCGCUGCUCAGACCCUGGAGAGUUUCGUCAGGUCUUUGGAUGAAGACGCGAAAACCCAGACCGAGGACCAGGACUCUGAGGAACACCAGUUUGUGCUGGCGCUGGCAGGAAUCCUCACCAAUAUAGCAGCAGUCCCAUGUGGGCGGGACUUCCUGGCGUCCUCUGCUCAUGUCCUGUUGGACACUCUGAUGAAACUCCUGGAACUGAUGAAACCUGGUGUCUUCCCCAAACUUAAAGUGUUGAUGCUGAUGACGCUCUACAACGUCAGCAUCAGUGUGAAAGGACUCAAGUACGUCAUCAAGAACCCAGGACUGCUCACGCUCAUCUGGACCCUGUUGGACGACGUUGACUGGGAGGUGUGUCUCCACGCCCUGCGCCUCCUCCAGUCGGUUCUGUUGGAGGAGGACGUCCUGCUCCUCCUGGGCUCGUCUCUGUUGGAUCCGGACGUCCAGACUCGUAUCGGUCGGCUGAGUUUCAGCGUCCAGCCCAGUGUGAGACAGGCCGCCCAGCAAACCCUGGAGGAUCUGCACGCGCUCAGUCAGGGUAAGGGAUGUGAAGUUUCCAAACUCUGAUGAAGAUUGGGCUCCGUCCUCCUGUUACUUUGAAAUAUACUUAAAAUAAUACACAAAUUAAUACUUAAAUUGUACUUUUCUUC